UCUAGCUCAGUCGUAAGCGUUGUUUCCAUCCGCCGCGCUUAAGCGUUCAGUGCCUCUACGGAAAGAGGGGUUUUUUUUUCUGUUCUAGGACGUUGUAGUUGUGUUUUUCUUUUUUUCUGUUCUUUGACGUUGUAGCUCUUUACUGUUUAGAAUCAGUGAAGUUUCGGGAGUACUGCCACAGCCAUGAACAUGUCGGUCCCAAGCGCACUCAUGAAACAACCGCCUAUCCAGUCCACGGCUGGAGCCGUCCCUGUUCGCAAUGAGAAAGGUGAAAUUUCAAUGGAAAAAGUGAAGGUAAAACGUUAUGUGUCGGGUAAGAGGCCAGACUAUGCCCCUAUGGAGUCCUCAGAUGAGGAGGAUGAAGAAUUUCAGUUCAUUAAGAAAGCCAAAGAACAAGAAGCAGAGCCUGAGGAACAGGAGGAAGAUUCAUCUAGCGACCCUCGGCUACGGCGUUUGCAGAACCGUAUUAGCGAAGAUGUGGAAGAGAGAUUGGCUCGACAUCGGAAAAUAGUGGAACCUGAAGUGGUAGGAGAAAGUGACUCAGAAGUAGAAGGAGAUGCUUGGCGCAUGGAACGAGAAGAUAGCAGUGAAGAAGAAGAAGAAGAAAUCGAUGAUGAGGAAAUAGAACGGCGUCGUGGCAUGAUGCGUCAACGAGCACAGGAGAGAAAAAAUGAAGAAAUGGAAGUCAUGGAAGUGGAAGAUGAGGGACGUUCUGGGGAAGAGUCAGAAUCAGAGUCUGAGUAUGAAGAAUACACAGACAGUGAAGAUGAGAUGGAGCCUCGCUUGAAGCCAGUCUUCAUUCGAAAGAAGGACCGAGUAACAGUUCAAGAACGUGAGGCUGAAGCAUUAAAACAGAAGGAGCUGGAGCAAGAGGCAAAACGCAUGGCUGAAGAGAGGCGCAAGUACACACUCAAGAUUGUAGAAGAGGAGACCAAGAAAGAGCUGGAGGAGAACAAGCGAUCCCUGGCUGCACUGGAUGCACUGAAUACUGACGAUGAAAAUGAUGAGGAGGAAUAUGAGGCAUGGAAAGUUCGGGAGCUAAAGAGAAUCAAGAGGGACAGAGAAGAUCGAGAAGCGCUUGAGAAGGAGAAAGCAGAAAUUGAACGCAUGCGAAACCUGACUGAGGAAGAGAGGCGAGCUGAGCUUCGGGCCAAUGGCAAAGUUAUUACCAACAAAGCUGUUAAAGGCAAAUACAAGUUCUUACAGAAGUAUUAUCACCGGGGUGCCUUCUUCAUGGAUGAGGAUGAAGAAGUAUACAAGAGAGAUUUCAGUGCACCUACCCUGGAGGAUCAUUUCAACAAAACCAUUCUUCCCAAAGUCAUGCAGGUCAAGAACUUUGGGCGCUCUGGUCGUACCAAAUACACCCACCUUGUGGAUCAGGAUACGACGUCCUUUGAUUCAGCAUGGGGCCAAGAAAGUGCCCAGAACACAAAGUUCUUUAAACAAAAGGCAGCUGGGGUACGAGAUGUAUUUGAACGGCCAUCUGCCAAGAAGCGGAAAACUACUUAAAGUUUAUGUACUUACUCUUCCAGCCAUGGGACACAAGGAGAAAUCUCAGCAUCUGGUCCUUGAUUUGCUUUUAUUGUUACUUACAUGACCCGUGUUAUCCAGCCUGUUGGAACUACUGCCAUACUUGUGACACUGGGCAACCCAGUCUUUGAAGGUGCUUUUGUGAGGUUUGGACUUAUGCUGAGAAACCCAUAGAAAAGCACUAUCCAGGUAGGAUUAUCCUCACUUAAAACUAUUUGAGAAGUCUUAGGUUUCAUCAUUGCUCUGGCUUCCAAAAUUCACUUGGGACUCUUCCAAGUUUCUUUUUCCAGCCCCUUAGCUUGAGUCAGAAACAUGGGCAUAUAAGUGGACAGUGUAUUACUUCUACCUUACAGGAAAUCUAAGUUCACUGAAACGUGUUUGGCAUUUUUUUCUGGUGUCAGUUUUUCUAGGUGAACAUACUUUUUAAUCCAUUUAUGUAUAUGUCAAGAAAUAACAGAAUCACAUGCCAAGAUACUUUUUUGAGCUUGAUACUGGAAAUAAAAUGCACAGGCUAACAAGUAUCUACAUGUUAACUAAAAUAAAUUCAGCAGAGAAUUGUCAAGCAAA